UCUGAGGGAUAAAAACCGGGCGAAUAGUUUGCGAGGGUUUCUUCUCCCCAGUACCCCCACACUGCUUUGUUGAACAAUUGGAGGAGUUUGUUCCAUGGGAAGCACCGCAGCAGCAGCGGAGAAGACAGAGGAGGAGCUCCGUCGAGAGAUCGAUGAGCUCCUACGCCAACAACGCCAGAUUGCGGAGCGGCUUCGAGAUCCUCGGGGACUUCGCAGGGGAGGCUUUCCCGGUGCUGGACCUCGCAAUUUCGCCUCCAACGGAGCUCGUCAGCGAGGUUUCGUUCGACCCGCAGAUAGGAUUGACGCGGAAGAUCAACCUCAAGCCAAACGCCGACUAUCGUCCGCGGUGGUCAAGCUGGAGGAUGGAGAGAUCACUGAGGAUGCAGAAACAGCAAAGGAUGUGAAGAGGCAGGAUGCAACGAGGGACGGAAUGGCUGGAGCUGGUGCUGUUAAUCAGAGCGAACAAGAGCCAUUGAAUUUGCAGCAGAGUGGAUGGCCUAGGAGGGAUGGAAGCCAAAGAGCAGCCAAUACUGAUUCUGAAGGUCCAGCAAUGGAGCAUGUUCCAAGGGUCUUGCCGAAGGAUGAGGACCCAAGAUUGGUUAGCAGGAACAAAAGAAUGCUGGGGCAGCUUCUGGGCACUUUAGAGAAAUUCAGGAAAGAAGAUACGCAACUGUCAGUAACGGAGGCGUACAUGAGAAGGUCUAAUUCUCUACAAAGAGCCGAGCAACGAGCACGUGAAGAAAGUGAGAGGCUGAGGCAACAAGAGCGUGAGCAAAUUGCAGAAAAGAGGAGAAGAGAUCUGACUCUCAGGGCACGCGUUGCUGCCAAGACAGAAGAAAAGAAGUUGGAAUUGCUGUUUCUUCGGUGGAGUGAGCACCAUAAAAAACUUAGCAAUUUUAUAAGAACCAAGGCAGAGCCUCCAAUAUAUUUUUUACCCAACAAACCUUUAGAAGAAGAUGAAACCUUGUUUCAGCAGCGUAAAGAACAGACAUUUCUAGAGUGGAAGGCUGCCAGGAGGGAGGAACUGUCUGAAUAUCAGAAACAGACUCAGGAGCAGUAUGUUGCCAAUGUUGAAAAGGAUUUGGAGAAAUGGCAAAAUGCAAGAAAAACAAGGAAAGCAAAUAAUGAUCUGUUGAACUUACAGGAAACAAUGGACAAAGAAUUGGAUACCCACAGGCUUGAGCAUGGUCCCAAGAAAAGAAAGAUCCCUGGUGGAAACAACAGUGAAGAUGAUGAGGAUGAUGUGGAAGAUAUCAAUGUUGGUGAGGAUGACAUGAUGGAUGAUGUACUGGAUGUUGAUGAUACCAAUAGGAGGGGUGCUGAAACAGUCAGGCAAGAGACAGGUAACACCAGUCCCCCGGCCGAUAAUGCUGAUCAGUAGUGUUUGAAGUCAUCCCAUCCCUCUUUAUAGUUUGCUUGAAUCAACUAUUUUGCAUUCGAUAGCUGUUUACGUGCCUUUUGGCGGGUAGUUUCUUGGUAUGUUAUUAUUAUUUUGUCAUCUUUCUUUCGGCCUUGAUGGAUUUUUGAGUUUCUAGGAUGAAUUUGUUUCUCUUCUCUUAUAUGGCCUGUAUCCAAUCUUGUAGAAAACAGAUUAGUGCACAUGUAUCUAAAGAGUGUGGGAAUUAUUAUGGUACCGCCGCACUGUAUUUUGGCCCUCAGAUUUGUUAGUAUCAGGAGUUGUUUUUGAUUUGAUCAUCAAUGCCGAACAAUGUUGCUUCA